UCAACACAAACACAGAGGAGCUCGACACAAAGAACAGAGAAGCUCAUGCCGACACUAACAACAACAGAGGAAUAGCUCAUGCCAAUUGCCGCCAUGAAAUUGAUGGAGUCCAUUUGGGCAACACAGUUGAUGCGACUGGGUGGAUAUAGGAAAUGGGAAGAACUUGCAGACAGUGUUUUUGGGGUUACCAUGCGGCAUGCAUUUGCAAUUGUACUUCAUCUGGUCUUUGUUGUUUGUCUUGGCCUUCCCCUUUUCUGGAAAAUGUGUAGAUUUUGCACACAAAGGCCUGAAUCCUCUGUUUUGAAACCUACCCGUUCCAAAAAGUUGCAAUUGGGGGUUAUGCAUAAAGUGGCCCUAGUGAGUUGUAUUUCUCUAUCAGUGUUGUAUAUCUUACUUGGAAUAUGGAGCCCUUUAUACUGGUGGCUGAAGGAAUGGCCUAAAGAUUUUGGAGCCGAAGGAGAGUAUGUUUUUCAGGCUAUGGCUUGGGCUAUAAUCUCAGGUUAUGCAUAUUAUUCUCUCACAAAAGAAAUUAAUGAGAGAUUCCCACUUUUACUUCGCAUGUGGUGGAUGUUGUCAUUGAUUCUUUAUGCAUUCUUCCUGUUCCUCAAUAUUCAAGAGUUCAAGCAGCGAAAACGCAUUACCCUGAGUAUUGUGGUUGAAAUUCUGGCUCUUUUUAUUUCAGCCUUUCUGAGUUAUGCCAGUUUUUUUGACAAAACUGUUGAGGGUUCCUUAACUCAAAGCAUUGAAGAACCUCUGUUGAAUACUAUUCCAGAAAAUUCUGAAAACCCUAAGCCAAAAGUCACUCCUUAUGCAACAGCAAGCUUUCUCAGCCGGAUGUCAUUUUCUUGGAUGAAGCCUUUGCUUGAUGUUGGGCAUGAGAAAGUUUUGGACAUAGAUGAUGUACCUCAAGUUGCAGAUUUCCACAAGGCUAACCACGUUUACCAUAAAUUUAGAAACCAGUUAGAUGCUAAAGGAAAUGGUGCCAGUGCCUUUACUAUAGCAAAAAUGGUAGUUUUCAUUGUUCAGAAGGAUCUACUCUUUACAGCAUUCCUGGCAGUAAUGAAUUCUUGUUCAUCAUAUGUAGGUCCUUAUUUUAUAGAUAACUUUGUUCAGUGUCUUUCUGGAAAGGAACAGUUUGCUAGUGAAGGCAUUGUUCUAGCUUGUGCGUUUCUUCUUGCCAAGGUAGUGGAAUCUUUGUCACAAAGGCACUUGUUUUUCAAAGCAGUUCACAUAGGCAUAAGGGUUAAGGCAGCAUUGACGGCUGCUAUAUACAAGAAGGUCUUCAUGAUUUCAUGCCAGUCAAGAGAAAAGCAUACAAGUGGCGAGAUAAUCAAUUACAUGAGUGUUGAUGCUCAGCGUAUUGGAGAGUUCAGUCGGUAUGUUCAUGAUAUAUGGAUAGCACCUUUGCAAGUUCUUCUGGCCCUGGUUAUUCUAUAUCAGCACUUGGGAUUGGCCUUCCUUUCAGGAGUGGCAACCACGGUGCUAUUAAUGAUGGUAAAUUUUCCCCUAGGGAAAAUGCAAAAAGAAUAUAACAUAAAGAUAAUGGAAGCAAAAGAUAAAAGGCUGAAGGCUACCUCCGAAAUAUUGAGAAAUAUGAAAAUCCUAAAAUUGCAAGCGUGGGAGACCAGAUUUCUGCUGAAACUUGAAACAUUAAGGAAGGAAGAAUGUAAUUGGCUGAAAAAAAUAUUUUUUGGGCUUGCUGGGAUAUUAUUUUUCUUUUGGGGAGCUCCUGCAUUUGUAUCUGUUGUAACUUUUGGUACAUGUGCAAUCACGGGAGUUCCUUUGACCACAGGCAGGAUUCUCUCUGCACUUGCAACUUUUAGGAUACUCCAGGAACCUAUAUACAGACUUCCUGACUUAAUCUCCAUGAUUGCUCAAACUAGAGUGUCAUUAGAUCGUAUAGCUGAGUUUUUGCAGCAGGAGGAGCUGCAACCAGAUACAGUAAAACAAGUAUCUAAAGAUUUAACCGAAAUGGCAAUUGAGAUCCAAGAAGGGGCGUUCUCUUGGGAUCCUGCUGCCCGUAGUCCAACCAUAAGAGGCUUAGAUGUUCAAGUAAACAGAGGUAUGAGGGUUGCAGUGUGUGGAACAGUUGGUUCAGGCAAAUCAAGUCUCCUAUCGUGUAUACUAGGUGAAAUACCCAAAAUUUCAGGAUCUGUCAAGAUAAGUGGUACCAAGGCAUAUGUUAGCCAGUCUCCAUGGAUACAAAGUGGAAAAAUUAAAGACAAUAUUCUCUUUGGGAGGGAAUGGGAGAAAACCAGGUAUGAGAGUGUACUGCAGGCUUGUGCAUUUAAAAAAGAUCUUGAAUUGUUCCCUUAUGGGGACCAAACAGAAAUUGGAGAAAGAGGGAUAAAUCUUAGUGGUGGACAAAAGCAAAGGAUACAGAUUGCCCGUGCUUUAUAUCAAGAUGCUGAUAUUUAUCUUUUUGAUGAUCCUUUUAGUGCUGUUGAUGCUCACACGGGGACACACAUUUUUCGGGAAUGUUUACUUCAUAUUUUGGGUUCCAAAACUGUCAUCUAUGUAACUCACCAAGUGGAAUUUUUAUAUGCAGCUGACCUCAUUUUGGUAAUGCGAGAUGGUGAGAUUACCCAGGCUGGAAAAUAUGAGGAUAUAUUACAAUCAAGGACAGAUUUUGAAGAAUUGGUUGGUGCACAUCAGAAGGCAUUGAAAUCUGUCGAUGCCAUGGAGAAUUCUGAGUACUUCUCAUCACAGGUGCUUAUUGAAGGACAAUCUACUGGUAAUACAACUAGCGUGAAAGAUGUUAACAAUCAAAAGCUCCAGACGCAGGACAGUGGCCAAAAAUCAAAAGAGGUAAAAGAUCUUGAAUCAAAAACUCACAGCGAGAAAGAAAUAGAUGAAGGGGUCAAAAGUUCACAGCUUGUGCAACAAGAAGAAAAGGAGAAAGGUAGGGUAAGUAUGUGGGUAUACUGGUCUUACAUCACCUCUGCGUACAAAGGUGCUUUGAUACCCAUCAUCUUAUUGACACACACAGCAUUUCAGCUACUUGAAAUAGGUAGCAGUUACUGGAUGGCAUGGGCAACCCCUUUGACUGAAGAUCAAAAGCCCCCAGUUAGCAAGCCCCUCCUCAUUCUGGUUUAUAUGACUUUGGCAUUAUGCAGUGCAUUAUUCAUUCUCGUGAGGACCAUCCUGCUUUGUCUCUCUGGAUUUAAAAGUGCCAAACAACUUUUCAGUGAUAUGCAUAGCUGUAUAUUUCGUGCACCAAUGUCCUUCUUCGAUACAACUCCAACUGGGCGUAUACUAAAUCGGGCAUCAGCAGAUCAGAGAACAGUGGAUCAAGUUAUUCCUUUUCAACUGGGAGGUGUAGCUUUUUCACUUAUACAGCUUUUGGGAAUUGUGGCAGUCAUGUCUCAGGUUGCUUGGCAGGUCUUUAUUAUGUUUAUACCAGUUCUUGCAAUUUGUAUAUGGUAUCAGCAAUAUUACCUAGUGACAUCUAGGGAACUUUCUAGGUUGGUUGGAGUAAGUAAAGCUCCUAUCAUACAACAUUUCGCAGAAUCAAUUUCUGGGGCAAUCACAAUCCGAAGUUUUGACCAGGAAUCUAGAUUCAUGAAAACAAAUCUACAUUUGAUUGAUGGGCUUUCCAGACCCAGUUUCCACAUGUCUGGGGCUAUGGAAUGGCUUUGCUUUCGGCUGGAUCUUUUAUCAAAUCUCGUGUUUGUGUUCUCUAUGGUGCUCCUGCUUUGCUUGCCAGAAAGUGUAGUCAAUCCAAGCAUUGCAGGCUUGGGAAUAACAUACGGGCUGAAUCUGAACCUUACACAAACCUGGGUGAUAUGGAGCCUUUGUAAUUUGGAAAACAAUAUGAUCUCUGUAGAAAGAAUGGUGCAGUACUCACGGAUACCUAGCGAACCUCCAUUGGUCAUAGAGAAUUCUAGACCAAGCUCUUGCUGGCCAUCUAGAGGAACAAUUGAUAUCACUGAUCUUCAGGUGCGGUAUGGGCCACAUCUCCCACUAGUUUUAAGAGGAAUUUCAUGCAUUUUCCCUGGAGGGAAGAAAGUGGGAAUUGUAGGACGGACAGGCUGCGGGAAAUCUACUCUGAUCCAAUCACUCUUUCGAAUUGUAGAUCCAGUAGGAGGCAGAAUAGCCAUCGAUGGAAUUGAUAUCUUGACAAUAGGCCUUCACGAUCUAAGAUCCAGAAUAAGUAUUAUCCCACAAGACCCAACAAUGUUUGAAGGCAGUAUAAGAAAUAAUCUAGAUCCUUUGGGAGACUAUUCAGAUGACGAGAUUUGGAAGGCUUUGGAGAAAUGCCAGCUGGGGGAAGUUGUACGGGGAAAAGAAGAGAAGCUUGAUUCUCCCGUGACUGAGAAUGGAGAGAACUGGAGUGUGGGGCAAAGGCAGCUUGUGUGCUUGGGAAGGGUACUGCUAAAGAAAAGCCGCAUACUGGUACUGGAUGAAGCAACUGCCUCAGUGGACACUGCAACAGAUGGGCUUAUUCAACAAACAAUUCGGAACCAAUUUAGUGACUGCACGGUCAUAACCAUAGCACAUCGAAUUCCAUCCGUCUGUGAUAGUGACCUGGUACUCGUAUUGAGUGAUGGGAAUAUUGCUGAAUAUGACUCUCCAACCAAACUCUUGGAGAACAAAUCUUCAGCAUUUGCGAAACUUGUUUCAGAGUACACUAUAAGGGGAAGUAAUAUUGAGGGAAAAUAGGUGGUCUGAUAAUGUAGUACAUGGGAAAGCAAAUUCUGAUUAGU